CGCCACGUGUAACUUAGCUAAGACUGUCGUCCCUUAACUGUUACGCCAAAAGGCAGUGAUACUGAAAGCUUAUGUUUCAGUAUCGUAGACAGUAUUUAUGUAGAUCAUGGGAACUCUAACCCCAAAUGCGCUAGGCAGCUCGAGUACGCCCGCCCUCCUGGGCGCCCCCAAUGCAAAGCGCUUUAUCAAGUCAUUGUUUUGUCUCGAAGAUCUUGCGCAUGACGAUGAUUUCGUUUCUGUUUUGGAGGUUCCUCUUGGUUAUGUGAAAUGGGACCCUGCUGUAGGGAGCACGAUCAGCUUCACCUCCGGCGUCUAGCAUAGUGUAUCGGAUUCGCUCAAGGCGGGUCUGAGCCGCUAUAAAAGAUCAACCCACUGGCAAU